CAAAAGUCGAUACGGUUCGGCUCUUUCCGCCAUUUCCCGAGUUGAGACGAAUAUACGAACGUGACUGGAAACUGAGAAGUUGCGAGUAUGGCUUUAUCACAAGAAGACAUGGCAGCUGCGAUCAAGGAACCCGACCCAUUAACUAAAGAUUUUAUCUUUCAACAAACUAUGCUGAGAGUCAAGGACCCAAAAGUGUCUUUGGAUUUUUACACAAGAAUUCUUGGGAUGAGGCUGCUAAAGCGGUUGGACAUGCCGUCCAUGAAGUUUACCGUAUACUUCUUGGGGUACGACCUGCCAGAGAACAUACCGGAUGAUGAGGAGGAGAAAAGUCUCUACUGUUUCAGACAGAAGGCUACCCUGGAACUAACACACAACUGGGGUACAGAGAAUGAAGACAUGAGCUACCACAAUGGAAACAAAGAUCCAAGAGGUUUUGGUCACAUUGGGAUAUCUGUACCAGAUGUUUACAAGGCCUCUGAGAGAUUUGAACAGCUAGGCGUCACCUUCAUCAAGACUCCCGAUGGAGGUAAAAUGAAAGGACUUGCUUUUAUUCAAGACCCGGAUGGCUACUGGAUAGAAAUCCUCAGUCCAAAUAAUAUGACCAGAACAUGAAUACAGAACAGAACAAGACUUGUGUCCAUGUCCAUGUGAUCAAGAUGCCAUACUGAAGAUACUGUUGCUUUGGAUUACUUGAAAAAUAUUAACAUGCAGAUGAUUGUUUAUACUCAGUAUCCUGGAGCUCUGGCAUAUGUCUGUGUUUUUACCAUCUUUCAAAUAUAACAUGCCGCUUAAGAAAGUAAAUACAUUAAGACUAGUCAUUAUAUGAGUAUGUAAUGAAAAACAUCUCAUAAGCUUUAGUUUCAAAAUAACUGAGUCAUCAGACAUUCUCUUAUCAAGAAACAUAAAGAAGUCUAGUCAUCUAUUGCACCCUUAAUUCUCUGUGCUAAGUUGCAUGUUUAUGGAACUGCAUCACUUCUGGUUUACAUCCUUCAAUGGAUCAGCAUGUAGGGAGUUCAAUCUUUUAUAAUUUAUUGAACUGAUGUUAAAAGCAGACUUUUUACAGGCAAACCCCAACAUUCAGAUUUUUAAUAUUUUGCUUAUGAAGAGAAAUAUUUUAGAAACUUUACAAGACAAUUUUGUAAUAUUUGCUUUAAAUGUUGCCUACUUAAGAUGUUUUGAUAUUGCCUACACGGAAAUACUUAAAGCAGACCAUGUAUGUCAUAAUAUAUGUGACUGACUGUCCAUAUGAUUCUUUGAUGCUAUGAUUGACUGAAACACUUGUUUGCAGGUUUUGUUUCAGAAUAGGACAUUGACGCUUGCCAGUGAUUAGUGUCCAUCUCUGAGUUUCAAACUUUUUAUAUGGUGCUUAUUGUUCUGUGCUGAAUGCUUGGUGUUCCGUGAUGUUUCUUGUGUGAAAUCCAAACUACUUAGUAUCUAAUUGUAAAUUGUUAACAUUAUCAUAUACAUUGAUUACUUAAUAAACACGUGUUCGUCCAUGAUCAUGAUGACAGUUCUGAUGUCAAGUAUAUUUUGCAGAGCAAACAAUCUGAACUUGUUAAUGUGAUUUUUCAUUAAUUGUGUGACCAAUAAAUUGGUGUGAAUUU